CUGUCCAGAACGAGUGGAAAAUCAAAGUAAGAGAAAAGGAGGAGAAGUUUAACGAAGACAAGACGGAGAGAAAGAGAGCCCGAGAGUCUGCAGAAAGUUUGAACUAGGAGGGAAAAAAGUUUUAACCUGCCAAACAAAAGGAGAAAAAGGGGGUUGAGGCAGAGAGGGCCCCAACAUUUAGAGAGAGAACAAGAUGUCGACGCUAUCAUCAGAAAACAGCUCUGAAGAUGCCAACAAUCGCAGCUUCUGGAUGCCUGGGAACUAUCAGCGCACUGUGAAGCGAACAGAAGAUGCCUUCCAGGCCUGUAAUGACAUAGUGGCAUGUUUCCAAGAGAGAGCUCGCGUGGAGAGGCAGUAUGCCCAGCAGCUCAGUGAAUGGAGCAACAAGUGGAAACCAGUAGUGGACUCCAGUCCUCUGUACGGAUCUCUUCUGAAGGCUUGGCAGUGUUUUCUGUCCUCCGCUGACCGGCUGGCCUCCUUACAUGCCUCCAUCUGUCGCUCCCUGGUGUCGGAAGAUGGAGACCGGGUCAGGACCUGGCAGAAGGACACCUUCCACAAGAGGUUAUUUGGAGGUUUCAAGGAGUCCCAGGACAUUGAGACGGGCUUUACACGUGCUCAGAAGCCAUGGGCCAAAAGACUUAAAAAGCUGGAUAAAGCCAAAAGUGCGUACCACAAAGUGAGCCGUAAAGAGCAGGCAGCCAGGGAGCGAGAGGCACAUGCUCAGGGAAACCCGGACGUUGCCAUCGACAAACAGAAGAAGAUCCAGGAGGAGAGGGAACUGGUUCAACUGGAGGCCGAGAAGGUUCGUGCCCGCUAUGAGAAAGUUCUUGAGGAGGUGAACCGCUACGCUCCACGCUACAUGGAGGAGAUGGAGUCCAUCUUUGACCAAUCGCAGGACGAAGAGCGGAAGAGGAUUAUCUUCCUCAAACAGGCUUUUCUCUCCAUCCAUAAACACCUGGACAUUACCAACAAUGAGAGUGUGAGGGCUGUGUAUGAUGAGCUCCACAACACCCUAAUGGCCAUCGAUGAGCAUGAGGACCUUCGCUGGUGGAAAAAAACCCAUGGGCCCGGCAUGCCCACCGACUGGCCUCACUUCCAGGAAUGGAUGCCUGAGAAGAAACCUAAAAAAGGGAAGAAAGAAGAACACAAGAAAGGUACAAUAGAGAGGAGUGUGAUGAUUGGAGGAGUGAGAGUAAGAGCUCUGUAUGAUUAUGUUGGCCAGGAGACAGAUGAGCUGUCAUUUACAGCAGGUGAGGGGUUUUUGAAGAUCGAGGAUGAGGAUGAUCAGGGCUGGUGUCGGGGGAUGAAGGAUGAUGGGUGGGAGGGGCUUUACCCAGCGAACUAUGUUGAGGUGGUGUAGUUAAAAGCAUCUCGACUGAAAAUGAAGAACAUCAUGUCACAUACCAUGCUUCAUUUCACUGUGUGAAGUCACAACCUGGCUAAACUUCUAAAUGUCAUGAAGCCGAUGCUGUAAAGAACAACACAAUGUAGCUGUUAGCCAAAGAUUUGGGCUGUGAUGAGAAUAUGAUCAUGCUUAAGUGGAUGUUUUAGUAUUUCAGCUUACAAAGAUUUUUUAAAACUACCCAGGUUGUGUAAUCUCUUAAAGGAUUUUGACAAAUGUUUUAAUAUAUACAGUAUGCAUAGACCACUUGUUUUGAAGCCAUAUUAUAAACAAUGCUUUAUUGCAAAAAAGGUAUGAAAUGCUGCUCUUAAGGUACACUAUAUAACCAUUUGGUGCUAAAAUUGCUUUAAAGGACUGCUAUUAUCUUUCAGCUGUUUUUUUUUAUUUUUUGCACUUCAACACAUGCUAUUAAAAUUCUCACAAAGCCUCUCAACAUACGAAGAAAGUGACGCUGAUACUGUGAUUAUAAUUCAUCCGAAGCAGCCGUACAAGUGGAGUCAGAUAUAGAUGGUUUCAUAACCUGUAAUUCUUAUCUGUUUUUUGUGGUUUAAAGGAACAGUUAAAAAAAUAUGGUUAUUUUCUGUCAAAUACACAAUGAGAUGCUGAUGUGUCAAGGGGGAAACUUCUAGGCUAGCAGCAUCAACACACAUUCCAGGAACUCCAGUGCUGUCUUACUGUGUAUCUUGUUUACUUAAAGCGGCUAUAAUCAAUAUUUUAAUUUUACUGAAAGACGAAAAUUCGGGUAGCUAUUGUAUUAAUUAGUUUUCUAGCUAACAAGACAUAUAUUAUGGCCACCAAAGAUACUGAUUGGGUGGCAGGUGCCUUUUACAAUCUUAUAUGUGGAAAACGCCAAUAUAGUAUUAAACUGUAGGAUGAGAGUGUGUGGCAGAAGUUAGCAGACAGAGAGCGCUGGACUUCACAUGACAGGAAUCACAACUUGGAUAAAUUUUUAUGAAAAGCUGUUUUGAUUUUUUUGAUCGGUGGACCCUUACAGACUAAAGGAAUAUAAAUAAUCAAGGAACUGACACAUACGGACUUAAGGAGGGUUUCAAAGGUAACGUAAGUUGGCACUUUUUUUCCCUUUUCAUCUCUUGUACCACGCAGGUUACACCGGUAAAUCUAUAAGAAUUAGAGUUUGGGGCUUGUUGUUUCUGUUAAAUUAACUGAACGAUUGAAUUGCGGAGAAACGAACCAAUCUAACGAUGUGUAGCAUGUCCAUACUGACAUAGGCUAUUAAUCAUAGGUCUAAACAUUAAUAUUUGCAUUAAAGCUAAAGCAGGUGACCCCGCAGGGUUUAAGAGGUUUUAUCCAUCCAAAGAACUUCUAUAAAAACCAGACCAGGCGUUUUAUGGGGACCUGCAUUUAUUUGUCAAAAUGCAUUCCCACAGCAGGCCAGUAAACAGGGUAGGUGGCUAUUUGGCACUUGGCUAUUAAUUGAAGUUUUACGGUAGUUAGCCUAUAAGUCAAGUCAAUUUUAUUUAUAGAGCCCAAUAUCACAAAUGUGCCUCAAGUGGCUUUACGAUUUGUAUAGCAUAACAACAAUACUUAUUCUUCAUGCUACAUCACAAAAAUAUUUAAACCCUCUUUUUUACUUUGGUAAGAGUCCAUGUCAUAAUCACAAUAAUGCACUCUGAGGUACUCAUAUAGAGAAUAAUGGACUAUGUUGUGGCCUUCUUUUCCUUCACUUAAUUAAUUUGUUUUGUGGGACAGUGAAAGUGUACAUAAGACAGCUUUGGAGUUCUUCAUAUUCUGGGGUAGCUGAGGCUCAGGAGGAAGAGUAGGGUGUCCAUUAAUUGCAUUAAUAAGUGGUUCAAACCUCAAAAUUGUUUCUGAUACCCAGGCCAGUGCCUUGCAUGACAGCGCCACCACCAGUUAACAUAAACAAGGGAUAUCUAAGUGCAGUCCAUUUAUCAUUUUUUUAAAUUUUGAUGGAGUGAGGCUAGGAGUUUCUCCCUGUCUCUCUAAGCAUCCAGAUGCUUUUGAAGAAUGUGGCCAAGUUCUAAACCAUGUCCCAGAUGUCAAGCUAACUCUGCCAGAACGUUCAGAGAUGAAACUGAUAUUGCUCUUCAUCAGAUUCUCAGUUUGACAUCAAACAUUCAAAUUUCUUAGCAUGUCACUGUUCCUUUAAGAUAAGUACUGGGGAACAAAUAGUUUUCCUAUCUAUCUAAUCAUAUGUUGCUAUACUGUAUGGUGCUUAUCAUGGAGAGCUUCUUUACCAAAGUAAGGAAGCGGCUUCCAGAAACAGCUGAAUUUGUCUUGCCUUUGUCCUUAUCUUUCUUCAGUAUCUGUGUAUGUGCUGUGUGUCUUUAUUUGUCAUGUAAAAACUAUGCAUUUGCCCAACCCCCCCCACCCCCCCCCGCAAUUUUUUUGCAAAUUGUCUGUCUUUUGGAAAUAAAUUUGAA